UGUGACCUGUGGUUAGAGAGGUGCAGGAAGUUAAACAGCCUUGCACCUUGGGACUGUACAGCCCAGAGCUGUCCUCAUGCUGCCAGCAGUGGAAGCAGAAAGGUCCACCACAUGUCCCCAUCUCACCUGAGGAAGUUACAGACUACAGCAGAGAUGGGUGAUGCUGGCAAUGGAACUUGUAAAGCAAUGAAUGGGAAGUUAGUAACCCACCUCAGGAGGGGAGUAAGAAUUGGGACUGAGCAGCCUUGGACUGCAAGAGCAGAGGACCAGGCCAUAUCACAGCAUCCCACCCCACACUGCAACAACCUGAGAGGACAGAGACUUGCCAGUGGAAGAGGAACACAGAAGGCUGAGCAAGGAACAGGAGGAGCUAACGGUGUAUGGGACUGGGAACAGCCCCCAUCUCUGUCUGAAAAUAGCAUAGCAACUGGGAGAGAGAUGCUACCAAGAGAAACAGGUACUGGAAAGUUAUGUGGUAAUAACCUCACCACAACCCAUCACCAAAGGACUGGGGACUCAGCCAAACAGGAGUCAGUGACUUUUAAGGAUGUGGCUGUGAACUUCGCUGUGGAGGAGUGGGUUCUGCUGGAUCCUUCCCAAAAGCAGCUCUACAGGGAUGUAAUGCAGGAAACCCUCAGGAACCUGGUUGCAAUAGGAGAAAAAUGUGAAGACUCAAAUAUUGAAGAUGGGUAUAAAAAAACCAGGAAAACUGUAAGCCCUGUGAUGCCACCCAAACGUUCUGCUCCUUCUAAGGCUGCUGACAGUGAACCCAAGCGCCACAGGAAGAUGCUUACCAUCAAAGAAAAGGUGGAACUUCUUGACAUGUUAAAGGAAGGCAAAAGCUAUGCAGCUGUAGGCCGCCAUUAUGGGAUUAAUGAAUCUACUGUUCGCUACAUAAAGAAAGAUGAGAAGAAUAUUAGGUCUACGGCAACAAUAACUUUUAACAAGACUGCAAAGAGGGUGGUCACUUCCCGCAAUAAGGCCAUUGUGAGGAUGGAGUGUGCAUUGGCCCUGUGGAUAAAUGACUGCAGGAAGAAGAGUAUCUCACUGGAUACCAACACUAUCCGGAUGAAGGCCAAGAAACUUUAUGAUAGUUUUGCUGAAAGCAUGGACGUUCACAACAGUGACAAGGAUGAAGACAAGGAUGAGGACACAGAAGUAGGACCGUCGAGUACUUCUCCCACCAGACCAACCCCAUUCAGUGCCAGCAAGGGCUGGUUUGACAAAUUUCAGAGACGCUUUGGACUCAAGAGCAUUUCUCUGCAUGGAGAAGCUGCUCUUAUGGAUAAAACCAGAGCCAAGGAGUACGUGAAUGACAUGUUCAAAUCCAUCAUCGAGGAAGGGGGCUAUAAGCCUGAACAAGUUUUUAACAUGGAUGAGACGAGCUUAUUUUGGAAAUGGAUGCCAUCUUGCACUUUUAUUAUGAAGGACGAAGCCAAAGCCCUUGGUUUUAAAGCCGCAAAAGAUAGAGUAACUCUGAUUAUGUGUGGGAAUGCUGCAGGCUUUAUGAUAAAGCCAGGGCUUAUUUAUAAGUCAAAAAACCCAAGAGCCCUAAAAAACAAAAAUAAGAAUGUGUUGCCUGUGUACUGGAUGUACAACCCCAAGGCCUGGACCACAAAACUCCUCACAGCUGAUUGGUUCCACCAGUGCUUUAUCCCAGAGGUUAAGCUUUAUCUGGCAGAGAAAAACCUUGAAUUCAAAGUGCUUCUGAUCAUGGACAAUGAUGAAGGCCAUGCUGUUGAUCUGUUGUAUAAUGGCGUCCAAAUAGAGUUCUUGCCGCCGAACACCACAUCACUCAUUCAGCCCAUGGAUCAAGGCAUUAUUCGCACUUUUAAGGCACUCUACACGCAAAACACCCUGCAAAACCUGGUUGAAGCUAUGGACUCAGAUGAAAACUUCUCACUAAAGGCUUACUGGUAUGACUACAAUAUUGCAUCGUGUCUCCUAAAUAUUCAAAAGGCCAUAAAAGAGAUGAAGAGUGAAACAGUAAAUGCCAGCUGGAAAAAUUUGUGGCCAGAAGUGGUCCAUGAUUACAAGGGAUUCUCUCCUGAUGAAGUUCAUCGCUCUGCAGUAGCUAAGACUGUGAAGCUGGCAAAACUACUGGGAGGAGAUGGCUUCAGUGAUGUGACUCCUGACAAUGUGUAUGACCUGAUUGAUGUCCACUCACAACCAUUGACAGAUGAAGACUUGACAGAGAUGACAAAGUCAGCAAGUGAAGAAGAAGAUGAGGAACAAGAUGAACUACGGGUUGGAGAAGAGGAGGAGGUUGGCCUAACACUCGAUCGUCUUGCAACCAUGGUCAGAAUGGCCAAAGAACUUCAGCAAGUGGCUGAAGAGUGGGACCCCCAGAUGCUUCGUUCAUUGCACUUCAUAAAUAUAAUUGAGAGUGGCAUGUCAGUUUAUAAAAACCUUCUCACUCAGAAGAAAAAACAGUGCGAGCAACUCCCCAUAACUAUGUUCAUCACUCGGAAGAAAAGAUCAGUUACAGCCCAGGGCAAAGACACUGCACCACCUGAUGAAGUACCUGAUGAAGUGGUACCUUCAGAAGACCUGUAAUGCUCUUCUUGGCUUUACAGUACAUUCAUCUCAUCAUCAUCACCUUCACUAUCAGUACUGCACAGCUACAUAAUUCAUGAUCUUCAUCAUUAAAG